AUGGAUGGCCAAAAUGCAGCUGGACUAACUUUGGCUCAAGGAGGUUCAGCAAAUCCUAACGGUGGAGUAGACCGGGAAAGAAUCCAACACAGCCAGAAUGCUCAGAACAUCAGAGGGCGAGUGGAACCCGGUCAAUACAGAAGGAAAUACAGCAGAGGACAGUAUAACAACAACCCCUUUACUGGGGAGAUUUUGAAUGCACCCUUCCCAGAAGACUUUGAUUCGGCACGACUGCCGAAAUAUGAUGGAAGUCAAGAUCCACAGGUCCAUAUCGAUGCUUUCGAUACGGACAUGUACAUUCGAGGAAUAGAUGAGCCCCUUAUAUCUCGGAUAUUUGCAAUAACCCUAACGGGAGCAGCACAGGCAUGGUUUUCAACCCUUCAUGCUAAUUCCAUCAGGUCUUUUGAAGAAUUUGGGCAACAGUUCCUUUUGAACUUUGCAACUAGCAAAAAGCAUCCAAAGUCCGAGUUCGCAUUGGGAAAAAUACACCAACAACCCGGAGAAAACCUCCAGAAAUACCUUAACCGGUUCAAAGAUGUUGCACUACAGGUACCGGGUUUACCAGUAAACGUCCAUGUACAUCUCAUCGUGGCUGGGCUGGAUGGUGCAUCCAGGUUAGCCAAGUCGGUCUAUAAGGACCCAGUGAGGACGUUGGAAGAGUUCAGAACCCAUUCGAAGAAAUACCUCGAACUUGAGCAGAUGGAGAUUGCAAAUGCGCAGACUGAAAAGGGUAAAAGAAUUAACCCAAGAAGGAGAAGCCCAGCCCCGAAAGGAAAAGAACAAAUUGACAAUAAGAGAAAGGAGUUCAGGGCUAGAAUCCUGGACAACCGAAAUCGUGUACCAGGGAGAUAUGAGAAGUAUACACCAUUAAAUGCGCCACACUCUCAAAUUUGGAAAGAAGUGGCAAUGACGGAGAUGAAGAAGGUGAAAAGAUCCCGGCACAACACUGAUCAAUGCUGGGAUCUCCGAGAUGCUGUGGAGAAAUUUGUUCGAGAUGGAAGGCUACGCCAAUACGUCAUCAAAACCCAGGGUGCCAAAAAUAACAAAAGGAAGACGGGAAACAAAAAUAGAAGUAAAAGCCUGGUUCCUGAAAAGAAAAACAAGGAGGAAAGGAAUCAGAAAAACAAUUCCAACCGUGAUGAAUUCCUGGAAGCGAAAUUUUAUUGUAACGUAAUUAGUGGAUCCCUGGGGGGUGGAGGAGAUACUGUGAAUGCCAGAAGAAAAUACUUGAAAGAGGUACUCUCCAUUCGAGACCUUCCUAAGUUCAAGGAAGACCUGACCAAGCCGGAUCCUCCCCUUUUGUAUUUCACAAAAGAGGACAGGCAGGGUGUGAUGCCGGGACAUGUGGACGGGUUAGUCAUUGCGGGGACCUUGGUAAAUUGCCGGGUUAGGAAGAUCUUCGUGGAUGUUGGGAGUUGUGCCGACAUCAUACUCUGGCACGCUUUCAAAAAGAUGAACUUGGAUGAGGAAGACCUCAAACCUUGCAAGACGACUCUGAUAGCAUUUAAUGGAGAAUAUACACCCUCUAAAGGCUACAUCGACCUCAGGUUAACCUUGGGAACCAAAGAAGCGUUCAAAUUAGAACGGGUUAGAUUCAUCGUAACUGAUUUUCUGUCAGAAUAUAAUGUAAUUCUGUGA